AUGACGUUUGAAAAGCACACUGUGGCCGUCAGCAUCCGUGACCUUUACAUGCCGGGCGUGCGGUUGGACGCCACGCUGGACGGGGUGUAUGUGAACCCCAACUACGAGGAGCACGGAAUCCGCUUUGAGAGCACCAUACUCACGAUGACUGUCUACAUUGACAAAGUCGGCGUCAAAGUCUCACUGGAUACCAAUAACAAAAUUGUCAUCAUGGUGGGGCACCACUUCCGGAAGAACACGGAGGGACAGUGUGGUGACUGUGGAGGCAGCUCUUGUGUGCGCCCUGGUGGCCAGAUAGAGAAUGACUACUGCUGUCCACAGACUGCCUAUGACUGGAUCACCCCCAACCCCAGCAAACCCCAAUGUGCCUCUGCACCUCGGAACCAGUCCUGUUCUCCAUCACCACCACCACCACCACCACCGUGCCCCACUCCUAUCUGUGACCUCCUCAAACACCCUGUGUUUGAAGAGUGCAGGCAGCUGGUGGACCUGGCAUGGGUGGAGGAGAGCUGCAGGUUUGACGAGUGCCACCUCAUGCCCUGCCCAUCCAUGGCACUGGCCGCAGACAUGUGCAAGCAGAGGGGCUUCUGUGUCGAGUGGCGCAGCCUCACCAACGGCAGCUGCAGCGUAUCCUGUCCAGAUGGGAUGGUGUACCAGGAGUGCCGGGACCACCUGGAUGACCACUGCAAUGGAAGUCUGCCUGUGUCUGGUCGUGACCUGGAGGAUGUCAAAUCCGGUUGCUUCUGCCCAGAGCCCAUGUUACGGGCCAGGGAGAACAGUUAUGUGUGUGUGGACACCUGCACUGAGUCAACAACUGCACCCCCCACCACCUACACCACUGCACUCCCCACCACCUACACCACUGCACCCCCCACCACCUUCACCACUGCACCCCCCACCACUUACACCACUGCACCCCCCACCACCUACACCACUGCACCCCCCACCACCUUCACCACUGCACCCCCCACCACUUACACCACCGCACCCCCCACCACCAUCUGUAAGCCGUGUGUGGACCCACAGACAGGCAAGACCUGGCCGUGUGGGGCGACAUGGGAGGAGAAGUGUUCUGAUAAAACGUGCGAUAACGGGAGAAUCUUCAUGACACCGGUCGCAUGUCCGCACAGUCCUGUUCCAGACUGCCCUAAUGGUCGGAGGUCGAGGGUUCGGGAUGGAUGCUGCCAUACGUACAAGUGUGACUGUGUGUGUACUGUCUCUGGAGACCCCCAUUAUCGGACCUUCAGUGGCACAUAUUACGACUUCCAGGGUGACUGUACCUACACAUUGGUACAGGAGCUGUUGCCACAGCAACAGCUCAGCAUCGUGGUGGACAACUUCUAUUGCUUCCGCCCAUCGACUGUGACCUGCGCUAAAGGGAUCGUUAUGAAAUUCCGAAACCACACUGUCUCCCUCGCCCAGCAGACUGUUUGGAGCAAACCAACAGUCAGCCUGAACAUGAAGCUCGUGACCCCGCCCCACUGGGAGGACGGACUCCGCUUUGAGACCAGUGGGAACAGGGUCUCUGUGUACAUGGAAGAGAUCCGCUCCCACGUUUCCAUGGAACCCGCUGCCCAUGUGACCAUCACCCUGGCGAUGGAGCACUUCCAGAACAACGUGGAAGGACAGUGUGGUGAGUGA